CAGCUCUCUGGGCCAAACAGGCUGAGUCCGUCUGAAAACCUCAGCGCCUUCUGAACUGAUUGGAGGAAAAGGAAACCCCGACCCUCCCUCCCCUCGUGCACCUGACCAGCGGGUAUUUACAGCACUUUCCAAGCAGCCGCUGCACUACAUCAUUUGGGCUGCCUGGGGUUAGCGGGACGGGCAAUGCUCUAGAGGACCAAUGCGCUAGCAGCCAGGCUCUCUGCGGCUCGCCAGUCCGGGACCGUUAUUCUGUCCGGGAAGGGAAGAGCAGGCCACCCCGCGCUCAAAAUGCCACGAUCCUUUUUGGUCAAGAAGCAUUUCAAUUUUUCCAAAAAGCCAAAUUACAGCGAACUGGAUACUCACACAGUGAUAAUUUCCCCAUACCUUUAUGAGAGCUACCCAAUGCCUGUAAUUCCGCAACCAGAGGUCGCUUACAAUCCCAUCACUAUAUGGACUACAACUGGGCUGCUGCCAUCCCCCUUACCCAGUGACCUCUCACCUCUCUCUGGAUAUCCUUCGUCAUUGGGAAGAGUCAGCCCACCUCCUCAUUCUGACACUUCAUCCAAGGAUCAUAGCGGCUCAGAGAGUCCCAUUAGUGAUGAAGAAGAGAGAAUCCAGUCCAAACUGUCAGACCCCCAUGCAAUUGAAGCCGAAAAAUUCCAGUGUGGUUUAUGCAACAAGACCUAUUCAACCUUCUCUGGACUGGCCAAACAUAAGCAGUUGCACUGUGAUGCCCAGUCUAGGAAGUCUUUCAGCUGUAAAUACUGUGACAAGGAAUAUGUGAGCCUGGGAGCUCUUAAGAUGCACAUCAGGACCCACACACUACCUUGUGUUUGCAAGAUCUGUGGCAAGGCCUUCUCCAGACCCUGGUUACUCCAAGGACACAUCAGAACUCAUACUGGAGAGAAGCCUUUUUCAUGCCCUCAUUGCAACAGAGCAUUUGCAGACCGCUCAAAUUUGAGAGCCCAUCUGCAGACCCAUUCAGAUGUGAAGAAAUACCAGUGCAAAAAUUGUUCCAAAACUUUCUCCCGCAUGUCUCUUCUGCACAAACACGAGGAAUCUGGCUGCUGUGUAGCACACUGAGUUUACCUCACUCCAUGCAUUCCAUUGCUCCACAGCUUUUCAGCAAGAAAAAGAGGCAACCCUAGAUGCAUUUGAUCUCCCGUUUGCCAGUUACCCACGGAAGAUAGCAAAAAUCCAAAGCCAGUUGCUUAAGUGCGGCACUGUGAUACGAAGGAAGUUCAAACAACUUAAACACAGGAAGAAGCAAAUGCCAAAUGAACACAAAACUCUUGGGGUUUUUUGCUAAGAAAGCACUGCACUGCUAAUAUUACAUUCCCAUCAAAUGAAGCCACCUCAGGAGACAUUUUGCUGUGGAAAAUGCAGUCCAAUGCUAUACAUGUUUGCCAUAUACCAAAUAUCCACAGGUGUCUUUCUAAGUAUUCCAAAUCAAGUCAGCCAGUGUCUAAUGGGACAGUUGUUCUAGAAUUGCAUGCCUGUUGGCUAGUGACCUGAAAUGUCUUCAAACACUCCAUCAUUCAUAGAGGAAGAAAAGAAUGUACGUCCAAUUGCCAUGUUUAACAAUAUGUGCCUUUGUAAAACUGUCAUUGCAGCCAUUCCUGGUGCCUGCUUGAUUUGUAUUUCCUCUUUUAUUGUUUUUGUUGCUGUUGUUUUGUGGUUAAGUUUUUUUAAAAAAACGGGAAUAAGUGCAAGAGUGAGGGUUGAUGGGAGUUUGACAUUGGAAUUCUUAAAAGCUUUUUUUCCUAAAUGCACAAAGGAAAUGCAAUAUCUUGAGCAAUACCCUCCAAGUGCCUUUAAAAAAUAGAUAGCUUUUCUUUUAUGUGGACAUAAUGUAAAUAGUUUUAUUUUUAUAUGAUUGAAUGUGUCCUGAAUUAAAAUGAACUAUUACCUAUAGCAAUGCCUAUAGGCACCUUGAAGAAAGUAUGAAGCAAAAUGUCUUCUAUUAUUUUCUAGAAAUAAUUUUUGUACAAUAAACAUUUUGGAGUAA